UGUUGGAUAUCCACGUGUAAUCAUGGCCGGGAGCAGAGUGUCGGACUUCAGCAUCGAGCGCAUCCUGUCCCCGCAGCUCGGACUCAAGCCGCCGGGGAGAGAGUUUUCUCCGGAUAGAUACCUCCGGGGGAUCCCCGGCGGAUUCAGUCAGGACCACGGGAACCUCAGACCUCCUGCCCCGGUGCCAGGCUGCCCGCAGUACCCACAGAUCCACUUUGGAGAAGCGUUUUACCCGCAUGGAGCCGGCUUCCAUCCCGCAGACUUCACCAGCAUUUAUCCAAACUCCAGAGUUUACGUGCACUUCAGCAGCCAGGACUCUGCAGAUGCCCAGCCGUUGCCAGGUUACCACGGCUGCCAUCAUGCAGGGGCGUCUGCGCAGUCGCAGCCGCGUCAUAAGUCCCGGAUGAGGACGGUGUUCACCAACAGUCAGACCCAGAGGCUCGAGUCGCUGUACGAGCUCAACGACUAUCCGGCGGUGGAGGCGCGAGCUGAGGUCGCGAGGAGAAGCGGGCUGAGCGAGGAGACCGUCAGGGUUUGGUUUAAGAACCGCAGAGCCAGGAGGAGGAAGCGGCAGUGCAGCGGGUCAAAGGUCAACUCCCCCUCCCCUCCGCGCUGAAUCAGAGAAAAUGUUCUUCAGCUCUUUCCUCUGAACUCUGCUCACCUGCAGCUCAAAGGUCAAAGGUCAGCGGACUGCAACGUUUCUGAACUGUGAUGAUGCAUUCAGCAGCUGCUGGGAAAGCCAGACCCCUGCGAGGAGAGUUGUUUGGUCUACGGAGUGACUUUUUCUAGCUUUUAAUUUAUUUUGUAUUUUGUAUUAUGUAAUUUAUUGAAAUCUGUGUAUCAAAGAUCCCACGUGUAGGUUUUUAAACACAAACCGCCUCCAUUUGUACCCUCGAGUGGUUUUAUUGAAGAAUAAAG